AUGGCUAACGUGGGGAACAAGAAACACUGGCAAUUCUCCCUGGAAGAGAAAAUAAAAGUUGUGGGAGCGGGAAACUCAGGCAAGAAGAAAGGCCACGUAGGGGAAGAAUUCGGUUUCACUCCUAUUUUGUCUCCGUUCUUAAAAGAUCCUGUCAAGGGUCUGGAGCGAUAGCACAAGACAUCUGUGGGAUCCCAGCAGUCAAGAAUGAGGAAUGCACUCUGUGAUGACACUACUAAGGCUCUUUUUGCUUGGUUUCAAGAAUUGUAUGCUAAAAGUUCUGUGACUGGCUCUGCUAUUCAAAAGAAAACACUCAGCUUGGCCAAUAUGUUUGACUAUGACAAUUUCCAGGCUAGUGUGGGCUACUUCAACCUACCUAGGGCUCAUCAUGGAAUUGCCUCAGAACCAGUCUGUAGAGGGGAUAGUGACAAGUUAAUAACUGGGCUGGGAAUAGAUAAGGCUAAUGAGUGGCAAGCCUAGGAAAUUAUAAAGCUGAAGAACCCAGAUGAUAUCUUUACCACUGAUAAGCCGGGGUUGCUUCUCCAGCACAUGCUUACUACUAAAGGAGUCCAUUGUGGAGGGGGCAAGGAAGCAAAGCAAUUGUUGACAGCACUCCUUUGUUCCAAUGCGUCAGGGACUAAAGAAACGAGACCAUUGACCGUUGGUAAGUCAGCCAACCCUCACUGUCUCAGGAAUGUCCAGGCCCUGCCUUGUGAUUUCUGAGCUGACCAGGGGGCCUGCAUGACCCAGGAGCUGUUCAACAAGAGGCUGAUGCAAGUGGAUGCCGGGAUGAAGCAGACAGAAAGCUGGAUCCCCCUGCUGACGGGCAACUGCCCCCUCCACAGGCUGCCAGGACCAGGAAGGAUUCGAGGGGGGCAUCUGCCUGCAAACUCCACUGUGAUUCUGCAGCCCCUGAAUCUUGGCGUCGUUCACAACAGGACAGUGCUGUACAGGAGCCUCCUCCCAAACCUCCUCAACCCCAACAGCAGUGAGGGCAAAGGAAACGUCAGCAUCAAGCUAGCUGCAGCCAUGACUGCUGCAGCCCGAUAGUAGGCGGGGAAGUGCUGGCCAAAGGCAGGCAUUGUCCCUGUGGAUAUGUCAGAUCCUAGCACAGGAGCAAAAGCCCGUGAACUGGAUACCACCAUUAAAAAGUUGGGGCACUCGGUGGCUUUUAAUGGCUGUGUCCUAAAUCAAAUCAAUUUCCAGGAUCUUGUCACUGCUGCUGAUGACUUUGAGCCUUCAGGGCAUGUGGCUGGCAAAAACACUGAUGAAGCUGGAUGGAAAGAUGCAGGGGAGGAGGCCUCUUUACCCCAGCAGCCAAAAGUCACCAUCUCAGAGGCCGUCUCAAGUGUACAGAAGAUUGGGUACUUCCUUUACUCAUGUGUAGUUGUUCCAGAUGCCAUUUUUGGACACCUAAAUAGUAUAAAUGAAUACUUAAUGAAGAUAAUGGCACAAACUCUUGUUGAUACCAAAAUGAUAGAUUUUCUUCAAAGAAAAAGAUAUAGGAAUUAA